AUGCUAAGCAGGUUCGUAUCCCUCUUUAGUGCUAACUUGGCUCAUAUCAAAGCAAAUUCAUUUAAGCAAGAUCUUAAGGCUAAAUACAAAGAUCACAAAGUUGUAUCUUAUGCCGCAACGAGAAUUUUGAUGUACAAUACUGUUGAUUGUGAAGACAACAAACUUUAUUUGAUCUAUGGCGGUGUGCCGUAUAACUGGAAGUGUGGCCAAAACAAGAAUCCACCAUUGGAUGAUAUCAACGCUGAACACACUGUUCCACAAUCAUUUUUCAAUAAACUACAGCCAAUGGUUUCCGAUCUCCACCACCUUAUCUCAGCCCCACACACUCUUAACGAAGCUCGUUCCAAUUACAAGUUUGCAGAAUUUGAUUAUUCCAAGUGCCAGAAAUUCUGCCAUGGAUUGACAUGCCAGACCAGCCAUCCAUCAAACCCCGAUGAUUAUUCUUGCUUGUCCAAUGACAACCAGUGGAUGCCAAGAAAGGCAGAUCGUGGUCAGGUAGCAAGAAUGGUUCUUUACUUCUUCACUAUGUAUGAUGAUUACGAUAUUUCCAGAGUUGGAGACCUUAAGACAUUCCUUAAAUGGAAUUCUCAAUAUGCUCCAUCUGACCGCGAAAUCACUCGUAACAAUGUUCUUAACCGUACUCAAGGCAACCGUAACCCCUACAUUGAUCACCCAGAAUGGGCUAAUCAGGCUUUUGCCUAA